CAAAGCUGAAUCAAAGAAAAAACUGCAUUUAAGAUCAUUCUUUUGGGCCUGAAGAUGCCCAAAUUCCAGCAUUUGGUCGUCGAUACGGCGGCAUUUGUUAAAAAUGUCCAGCUGCAGAAUAUCGCAGAAAACUGUUACACCGUCCCGGGUGUGCUGGGUGAGAUCCGGAGCAACAGACAGAUGAAAGCACUUGCCGUGCUGCCGUAUGAUCUGAAGGUGCGCGACCCGGAUCCGGAUGUGCUUGGAAAGGUCAUCGCGGUGGCGAAGAAAACCGGCGACUUUGCCUCGCUGUCGUUGGUCGAUUUGCAGGUUAUCGCACUUACAUACGAGCUCGAAGCGAAACAUGUUGGCUUAGACCAUCUGCGCGAUAAACCGCGCCCGGCAUUGUUGGUUUCGGCGGCCAAGAAGCCGGCUGCUCUGGAAGGAACAGAGCUGCUGAAGGGCUUCUAUGUUUCCAAGAGAAGCAACAAACAGAACUCAGCUAGCGACGAGUUGGAAGAAGCGGAUGAGUCCGAGGAUAUCCCCGGCGAGGUAGUACCGGCCCCAGUCGACAGUCCCGCAGUCCUGUCUGGAACAGAGGAUUCGGAAAAAGAAUCGAAAGAAGCUUUUGUUUCGGAGGAAGCAGAAGAAUCCGGAGACGAGUACGCAGAAGAAGACCACAAUUCCGAUGAAGCGGAAGAGGAGAGUGACGACGACGAUGGUGGAUGGAUAACACCAAGCAACAUCGUGCAGGUGAAGCGAGACAUCGGAAUGAACCUGCACGAGGAGGUGGAAGCACGUGUCGCCUGCAUCACCACCGAUUACGCGCUGCAAAACGUGCUGAAGCAGAUUGGGUUACAGAUUGCGGCCCUGGACGGGCGUAUCAUUAAGCAGGCUCGUACAUACAUCCUACGGUGUUAUGCCUGCUUCAAGACCACACCCGAUGCGACGAAGGUGUUCUGUCCGAAGUGUGGCAACCGGACGUUGAAGAAGGUCGCCGUCAGCUUAGACGCGGACGGCCAGCAGAUCAUCCACAUUAACAGCCGGCGACCGCUGACGGCCAAGUAUAAGAACAAACCGGUGGCCAAGUUCGAAGGAGGCAAGUACGCCACCAACCCGGUGUUGUUCGAGGACCAGCCAUUACCGCAGCAGCGUAUUUCGGUGAAAGCAAGAGCCAAAACGAACGCUCUUGGUGACGAUUACAUCGCCGGAUAUUCACCGUUCGUGAUGCGGGACGUCGAUUCGCGGUCGGCGGUGUUGCGCGGGUCGGCUGACAUCAAGCAGCGGAUGACCAACCUGCAGUACGACAACAAACGGCGGGGUUACUGGAAAUAAGCUAGAUCGAUGAUAGAUAACUUUUCGAUCUAAAGCAACCCUUUUGCUCAGUGCUUAUAAUCUAAAGUGGAUAUAAUUUUUUUCUCUAGCGCACUGCAGAAAUAUUUACACUUUCAUGAAAUUGCAACUUGAAAAGAAACACACAUUUAUAGUUGAUAGAUAUCCCUUGAUGCUUCAAUUAAUGUCACUCCUAACUGAAGCUUUUUGGCUUUGGUAAUAUUCUCUUUAAACAUGCUUCAAGUUUGAGUAUGUAUAUCUUUUACUCCAUCUUCAAUGGAACUCUUUCUUUCUUUUAUUUUGUAAUGGUUUUACUUUGAUACUUUACCGAUUUAUUAACGCUUUCAUUCAAACACUUUCUUGUGGAAUGUGGAUUCUUGUUUGGGAAAUAUAAUUCUUUGAACAUUGUAAUAAUAAACCGAAUCACACAAAACGCGAUACUGUGAAGUAUGUUUUUUGUUGCUGCAAAAUUCAUACGUUCUAAAUGUGUAACGUAUUAUGCGACAGAUAAAAUGCGCCACUCCACGCGAUUAUAUUUCGGAUAGUUUAAUCAAAUCAAAUACAGCAUUUAU